CUCCAUCAAGACCCCCUCAACAUUUUACACUCCAAAUAAAGACCUAACUUCUUCAACCCAGGUAACGUUCUAGUAAAUCUCCUCUGUAUUCUCUCUAUUUUGUUGACAUGCUUCCUAUAAUUCGGUGACCAGAACUUUACACAAUACUCCAAAUUUGGCCUCACCAAUGCCUUGUACAAUUUUAACAUUACAUCGUAACUCCUAUACUUAAUGCUCUGAUUUAUAAAGGCCAGCAUACCAAAAGCUUUCUUCACCACCCUAUCCACAUGAGAUUCCACUUUCAGGGAAUUAUACACCAUUAUUCCUAGAUCACUCUGUUCUACCGCAUUCCUCGAUGCCCUACCAUUUACCAUGUAUGUCCUAUUUGUAUUAUUCCUACCAAAAUGUAGCACCUCACACUUAUCAGCAUUAAACUCCAUCUGCCAUCGAUUAGCCCACUCUUCUAACCAGCCUAAAUCUCUCUGCAAACUUUGAAAACCUACUUCAUUAUCCACAAUGCCACCUACCUUAGUCUCAUCUGCAUACUUACUAAUCCUAUUUACCACCCCAUCAUCCAGAUCAUUAAUGUAUAUGACAAACAACAUUGGACCCAGUACAGAUCCCUGAGGUACACCACUAGCCACCGGUCUCCAACCUGACAAACAGUUAUCCACCACUACUCUCUGGCAUCUCCCAUCCAGCCACUGUUGAAUCCAUUUUACUACUUCAAUAUUAAUACCUAACGAUUGAACCUUCCUAACUAUAACUAACCUUCCGUGUGGAAUCUUGUCAAAGGCCUUACUGAAGUCCAUAGAGACAACAUCCACUGCUUUACCCUCGUCAACUUUCCUAGUAACCUCUUCAAAAAAUUCAGUAAGAUUUGUCAAACAUGACCUUCCACGCACAAAUCCAUGUUGACUGUUCCUAAUCAGACCCUGUCUGUCCAGGUAAUUAUAUAUACCAUCUCUAAGAAUACUUUCCAUUAAUUUACCCACCACUGACGUCAAACUUACAAGCCGAUAAUUGCUAGGUUUUCUCUUAGAACCCUUUUUAAACAACAGAACCACAUGAGCAAUAUGCCAAUCCUCCGGCACCAUCCUCAUUUCUAAUGACAUUUGAAAUAUUUCUGUCAGAACCCCUGCAAUUUCUACACUAAUUUCCCUCAAAGUCCAAGGGAAUAUCCUGUCAGGACACUGAGAUUUAUCCACCUUUAUAUUCCUUAAAAGUGCCAGUACUUCCUCUUCUUUAAUCGUCAUAGUUUUCAUAACUUCCCUACUUGUUUCCCUUACCUUACACAAAUUCAAUACCCUUCUCCUUAGUGAAUACCUAAGAAAUUGUUCAAUAUGUCCCCCAUCUCUUUCGGCUCCACACAUAGCUGUCCACUCUGAUUCUCUAAGGGACCAAUUUUAUCCCUCACUAUCCUUUUGCCAUUAAUAUAACUGUAGAAACCCUUUGGAUUUAUUUUCACCUUACUUGCCAAAGCAACCUCAUAUCUUCUUUUUGCUUUUCUAAUUUCUUUCUUAAGAUUCUUUUUACAUUCUUUAUAUUCCUCGAGCACCUCAUUUACUCCAUGCUGCCUAUAUUUAUUGUAGAUCUCUCUCUUUUUCCAAACCAAGUUUCCAAUAUCCCUUGAAAACCAUGGCUCUCUCAAACUUUUAAUCUUUCCUUUCAACCUAACAGGAACAUAAAGAUUCUGUACCCUCAAAAUUUCACCUUUAAAUGACCUCCAUUUCCCUGUUACAUCCUUCUCAAAAAACAAAUUGUCCCAAUCCACUCCUUCUAAGUCAUUUUGCAUCUCCACAAAAUUAGCCUUUCUCCAAUCAAAAAUCUCAACCCUGGGUGCAGUCCUAUCCUUCUCCAUAAUUAUAUUGAAACUAAUGGCAUUGUGAUCACUGGACCCGAAGUGCUCCCCAACACAUAUCUCUGUCACCUGACCUAUCUCAUUCCCUUACAGGAGAUCCAACACUGCCCCUUCUCUAGUUGGCACCUCUAUAUAUUGCUGCAAAAAACUAUCCUGAACACAUUUUACAAACUCCAAACUAUCCAACCUUUUUACAGAAUGGGCUUCCCAGUCUAUGUGUGGAAAAUUAAAAUCUCCCAAAAUCACAACCUUGUGCUUACUACAAAUAUCUGCUACCUCCUUACAAAUUUGCUCCUCCAAUUCUCGCUCCCCAUAAGUGUUAGUACACCUUUCCUAUUCCUCAAUUCCACCCAAAUAGCCUCCCUAAACGAGCCCUCUAAUCUAUCCUGCCAAAGCACCGCUGUAGUAUUUUCUCCGACAAGCAACGUGGUCCCCUUAGAGCCAGACAUAGGUGAAACUAUCACACAAGCAGUUCUGCAGACAGCAACACACACAAAAUGCUGGUAGAACACAGCAGGCCAGGCUGCAUCUAUAGGGAGAAGCGCUGUCGACGUUUUGGGCCAAGACCCUUCGUCAGGACUAACCAAAAGGAAAGAUAGUAAAGUAGUGGGGGAGGGGGAAAUGUGAAAUGAUAGGAGAAGACCGGAGGGGGUGGGAUGAAGCUAAGAGCUGGAAAGGUGAUUGGCGAAAGUGAUACAGAGCCAGAGAAGGGAAAGGAUCAUGGGACAGGAGGCCUCAGGAGAAAGAAAGGUGGGGGAGCACCAGAGGGAGAUGGAGAACAGGCAAACAACUAAAUAUGUCAGGGAUGGGGUAAGAAGUGGAGGAGGGGCAUAAACGGAAGUUAGAGAAGUCAAUGUUCAUGCCAACAGGUUGGAGGCUACACAGGUGUUGUUCCUCCAACCUGAGUUUGGAUUCAUUUUUAUAAGGUGUUGUUCCUCCAACCUCCUCCCACCUCUCCCCCAAACAUUCUCUUUUCUUCCCCUUUCUUCCCCAUCCCAUCGGGUAGAAGAUUAAAAAAAUACUGAAGGCACAUGCAACCAGGUUCAACAACUGCUUCCAUCACACUGUUACAAGACAGUUGAAGGGUCCCUAUUACAAUAUGAUGGACUCACAACCUCACUAGCUACCUAAUUAAGACCUUGCACCUUACUGUCUGCCUACAUUGAACUUUCUCAGUAAAUGCAACACAUCAUUCUGCAUUUUGUCAUUGCUCUCAUUUGCACAACCAUGAUGUACUGUUGCAAAAAAUCUUUAUGAAUGGCACGUGAAACCCAGAUUUUCACUGCACCUCGGUCUAUGUGACAAUAAUAAACCAUCUUACCAUUUUUCUCACCACAUUCCAAGCCCUACACUCCUCAGCCUGGAAACUCCUCCCUCAUCCAGCCUGCUGAGCUCCUUAAUUUAUUUUCUGAGUUUCUGUGAGCUCUUUUCUCUUUCCUCUGAAUUGCAGAGACCACAGUCAAACCUAACUUGCCCUUUCCUCACUCAGCAAACCCACCAUCCCAGGACCAGACUGGCGAAUCUACUACUACUAUUUUCAAAAGGUGAGGGAUUCUUUUUUUAAGAUUAUGCCAAGCUGUAGUCAGUGUUGAGAUUGUGGUUUUUAAGUUCAGCUGUUUUUUAAGCUCUACGGAAGGGUUUAGGGGACAGAGAGUAGAGUUUAGGGAAGUUAGAGAUCAGAUUAAGUGUAUAUAGGCAGUCUCCAAGUUACAAACAUCUGACUUACGAACAAAUUGUACUUACAAACCGGGGAAGGAGAACGCCGUCCAUCAUUUUAAGUUGGAUCACAACGCCAUCCGCCAUUUUAAGUCGUUGCCAUUGACACUGUGUUGAGUGUGUAACUUUGUAUAUGGCUUGAAUUUUUCUUAGCAAGAUUCACCCUGGAACCCCCCCACCCCCUUCUUUUCCAGUCAGCACUUGUCCCAUUUAACCUGUGUCAGUGUGGUGGACUUUAGGACCCAGUGGAGCUCGGGACCUGCCGCCCGCAGUGUUUCUGUUCCGUUGACAGAAAACAAUCACGAUUGAAAAUAAAGUGGAAAUAAUAAAGCCAUCAGAAAGAAGUGAAACACCAUCAGUCAUUGGAGAAGCGUUAAGGAUACACUCUGAUGGGAUUGGUUGCGAUGGCUGCCAUGGACUGGAUGAGCCAAAGGGCCAGUUUCCAUGCUGUGGAUUCUAUCAUUUUGAUCAAGUAUGGAACAAAACACCAGCAGCAAGAUGGGUACCUGAACUAAUCAGUUCAUUAUGUCUGUCCCCAACCUGUGAUAGAAGUGGUACUGUGUAAUGCAAUAGUGAGAACACGUUGCCAUUUUCGGAACAAACAUACCACUCCACCAACUCCGCCUGUGUGUGGAAAUCAAAGCAAUGCAGCUUCCAGAAUCCUGAAAUUGAAGCAGAACCUGCUGGAAGCACUCCACAGUUUUCACCAUAUGUUAAUGUGAAGAGUGAACAGUAAAUGGUUAAUCUUACUGCGAUCUGGUUCUUAUUAACUGGUUUAUCUCGACGUUAAAUUCGGCGUUCGUUACACCCGAAGGAGAAGGUUACAGUGAAAAAGCGGCAUUAUCAGGUGUUUCAAGUGCUGCAAUGUCAGCUCGAUCCGGGAUCAAGUCGAUGGCGCCCAGCGACAAGGGCAGUAAACCGACAUCAAGUAAGUCCACGCAGGCAAGAGCCAAGGCAGAAGCCGCCAAGGUGCGACUGCAUUACGCCAAACAAGAAGCAGUUUUGAAAAUGAAACUGGCCACCAGAGAAGCCGAAAUCCAGAAAGAAAGGGCCGCCAGAGAAGCCGAAAGGGCCGCCAGACAAAGAGAAGAGGCCGCCAGAGAAGCCGAAACCCAGUUGGAAAUGGCAAAAAUAUCGACAGAGUUGCAAGUGCUGCAGCUAGAAAGAGAAGAAGAAGCUGCCAUGGUGGAAGCAAAGUACAUAGAAGAAGCUGAAGGGUCGCGUGAUCUGACCGAAGCAAGAUCUACUUUAGAAAGGACCAGACUGGAACGCACAAGCGACUAUAUACAAUCUCAAAUAGACAGGCAGGCUCAUCUCCCCUCUCCAUACGUAUUCGAUAACUUCCCCAGCUACGAGGAACCUCAGAAAGUCACGAUUGCAUCACAUCCAUACGAGGAAGGAAAUUUACCCUCACGGCUCCGUGAUGAAGUCAAGAAUGAAAGAACCGACAACGCUCCUUCACCCCCACAACAGGACGGCGGGGAGGGAGAGGUUCACUCCAGGACAACAAUUGUCAGCUCGAACUGUACAGAAGUUUGCGGUCAAACUCAGUCAAGCCGUUCUUGUUCCGAGAUUUGCCUCACCGAGGUGUACCCUAAAGAAGCACAACAAGACAUUACCAAGCGUAAAGCAACCGACGAGACGCUAGGUCAGUCAGUUUUUGUUCAAACCGAGCACGGAAACAAACUUGCACAAUCAGCUCAAGAUACCAUUUCUUUAAAACCCAAAGACACCAAGGUCUUCAGAGAUGAAGCAAAUAAUGGGGUUGCCCCAUUGCCUAUCAGAGAACCAUGCCAGCGCUCACCAGAUAACAAAGAGCAGGCAGUCAAACGGUUCACGUCCUUACGGAAAACCCGGAAAAGGAAACCUGAAAUGCAGCAACGCACCCGAUUGGCCCACGAGGUACUGUGCACCCUAAUGGCAGAGGUCACAGCCAUUAUAAACGCACAAUCAUUCCUACCUGUGUCUUCUGACCCAGAAAACCCCUUUAUACUUUCGCCAUCAACGCUCCUUACGCAGAAGGCAGGAGCACCUCCUCCACCAGGAGACUUCUCAGACAAGGAUUUGUACACAAAGCAAUGGAGACAAGUCCAGGCUCUGGCAAAUCAGUUCUGGUCCCGCUGGAGACAGAAAUAUCUACCCUCGUUGCAACAGAGACGAAAGUGGACAGAACCCCGCAGGAAUCUUCAAGUUGGAGACUUAGUCCUGCUCAGGGACAAGCAAGUCGCUCGCAACAGCUGGCCAAUGGCCAGAAUCACUGCUACAUUCCCUAUCGAGGAUGGACAUGUCAGGAAGAUCGAAUUGAAGACUACCGACCAAGGCGAUGUGAAAAUUUACCAAGGGCCAGUUACAGAAGUUAUUCUACUUCUACCCAAUGACUGAUUAAGAGACUAAGUUUUGUACUCUGCUCAUUGUGACCUUACGAAGGUCAAGCGGGGAGUGUGCUGUCUUUACGACAGUUAUUUAGUUUAUAAUAUUUUCGCUUAGUAUUCAUUCAAUAGUAUUUUCUAGUUAGAAUUAGGAGUGUUUAAAGUAUAUUCAUUGCAUGUAAAAUAUAUCGGCAUGCGAUGACGUCACAUCCGGUUUCGCCGCGUCUUGUGGGAAAACACCGGUUUGAAAUUAGCGCGAGGGUGGGGGCUUUCCACGAGGCUCACCGGAGCAGAAGUUGUUUGCAGGCAUGAGAAAUCACAGUGAGAGCAACGCUGUAAGUUAAUAGAUAAUCGAUAUAUUGAACUAAGAUGUUAAUGCCGAUCCUGUUAGAAGUAACGACGGUAGAUAAUGUUUAUGCUUUCGUUAGUUAAAGAGUCGCGGAUAGUUUGCAUGGAAGUGUAUUUAAAGUAGUCAAUGGAGCAGGUAAACUCUCCCUGUAUACUGCACCUUAGUGUAAUGUAGUUAUAGUCACCU